CUCUUAUUCUUCACUGCAGAUUUGGCCCAGACUAUCGUAAAAUAGUUACCAGCUACCCGCCUAGGGCAAGUUACCCACAAUGACCACCUACAUCACACAACUUGACGUGUCCCUCCAUGAGGAUGAGGAGAAAAAGCUUCAAUCACAAGGCUUCAAGAAAAUCAAUGUUGAUCUGAACAAAGGAGCAGGAGGAAAGUAUAUCUAUAUUUGGUACAAAAAAGAAUCCCGCUCAGCACCAAUCACCGGACUUCAAGUUACAUUCAACGAUGACAUGGCUGUUGGAUUGAUCAAUGCAGGGUACACAAAGAUCGAUAAAGAUCUCAAUGCUGGAGCACGAGGUUAUUACCUUUACCUUUGGUACUUCAGAGGGUCCGGAGAGUACCAUACUCCCAUAGUGGAGAUUGAUGUCACUACAGAUGCAAAAAGUGAAGCUCACAAGUUUCUCCAAGACUGGGAGAGACUAGACUGUGAUCUGAACCGCGGGGCUGGAGGGAACUUGAUCUACGCCUGGGUGAAGAGAGAGAAACAAACCUACAUCUGUGAUGUCAGUGCCAGUGAUUCUUACGGAUCAGACACAGAGUACUUUCUGGAAGGUUACAUCCGUGUGGAUGAAGAUACUAACAGAGGUGCAAAUGGAGCCUAUGUCUUCAUCUGGUACCGUCAGACCACCGACUCCCAGCGUGCACUAAGAGAUCUGAAAGUCUCAACUAAUGAUCUUCACUAUCAGACCCUUAAGCAGCAAGGUUACACCUCAGUGAGUGUUAACCUCAACGAGGGGACCGGAGGUAACAAGGUGUACCUGUGGUACAAGAAACGAGGAUGCAACAAUCCCAUCAAGGCCAUCACCCUGCUUCUCAACACAGAUGUUGUUCAAGAGUAUAAGAAGGCUGGUGUCACUGUUAUCGACAGAAAUAUCAACUUAGGCAAUAACGGCCACACUGAGUACCUGUGUGUCUAUCGGUGAAAGGCUGAGAAAACCUUCUGCAUGGAAGCAGAGCUGAGAAUUCCCAACACUCUCUGAGGUGGAAAAACAAAUUCCAACAAUGUUAUAAAUCAUUUUGGUGAUGAUUUAUUUAACAUUUCUUUCUCUUUUUCUAUGUAAACAAAUGUUAAUUAU